AUGCCACCUUCUACCCGAAAAAUCCCCCCAAAGGUUUGGGAGAGGCACAAAAGGACGAUCCUCGAUCUCUGGUUGAUUGAGAAACUGCCUCUUAAAGGAAGCGCCGAAAAUGGGAGAAACCUGAUGCAGGUCAUGCAGGACCAGCACGAUUUUCAGGCAACAGCCUCUCAGUAUGAAAUCAAAAUUAGAUCAUGGGGUGCUACUAAGAAUCUAAGAAAGUGCGAUUGGGAAAUUAUUCUGCCACUCUAUAAUGAGCUGGAAAGACAAGGCCAUGCUCCUCGAGUACGGGUUGGAGAGCACAUCUUUGCGGAGAGUAAAGUCAAGAGAGCUCGUCGAGAGUAUUUGAAAGCAGGUCUUGUGACGAAUGGGGAUAAUCCUGAACACGCUCCCUCCUCCGAUCAGAUACAUGCACGCCUUUGGUGUAUAGAAGUCCGACAGGCUGACGGCCAGUAUUCGGGAUAUUCUAGUACUUGUUUGGCUAGUAACUCCCUUGGGAUCACGGAUUCUUCAAACAUCGGCCAAGGAGAUGUGCAAAAUGAUCUCCUUGUCACCAGUGACCAAAGACUACACAUUGAACCUGGUCCCCCCCUCAGCAGUUUUUCUAUAAGAAACACAACCGAGGUAGAGUCCAUGGAUUUUUAUCCUUGCUCAAACUCGCUGGAUGAUCCAGGCCUCCAAAAUCCAGAUCAGCUGAUUAGUUCAGUUCUUGAGUCAUGUACGAUUCCCAGUACGCUAGAUAUCGAUUUUGACGGAUAUGAUCUGUCCAGCGCAUGGGACAAUGAGAUCGGGAAUCCUAUCUCAUAUAUGCCCUUUUCAAUAACCCCUCCGAGAAGUUCCCUCAGCAAUCAAAUUGAGUCCAUUCUUCGGAAUAAGCUUCCGAGCGUUCCGUCAUUAUGGCACGAUGACCUCAGGCCUUCCUUCUCGAUUUCAAUUGAGCGACUGGUCUCUCUGCCAGUAGCAAAUAUCUGCGGGAAAGACUUUGCAUCGAGCUCAACACAAGCUUCUUACGAAAGCAUUUCGCUACAGGAAUUCUCUGGGAAAAUCCUCUACUCUAUUGUUAACAACUUCGCUGGUCUUGAAGGCAUCGGAUUUACCACCAUUUUUAGCCUUCUUGGGCUUGUUCCGGGGAUAGAGUCUUUUCUUCUCGAGUGGCUACGUUCAGAUGACCGCAUGAUUUCAAAGCCUCUUGCUAAGAAUCUCUUUCGCGCUGCUAUAGAUGCGGGAAAUGAAGAAGUGGUCGACAUUGUACUAAAAACAACUUCCGGUAGAAACAACGAGAUUGAUAUUGAUGAAACAAUUCUUAGCAAUGGGGCUAGGUAUUCGCCAAUCGCGUUGGCAUCUUCUCGAGUCCACCCAGGAAUCGUCAAUACUCUUCUCCUUCAGGGUGCCAAAGUCAGAGACUGGGCCACUGAGGAAGUGAAAUUCUGUAGCUGCCCGCUCAAUGCGCUCCUUGGCAAUUUGAAGUCAAAGCCCGACCCCCAACUGCUGGAACAAGUCAUACAGAUCUUUGAAUCAAUAGCUAUUUACGGACUGCCAGAUGCCCCGGACUUAUUCGUCCGUAUUCUGUAUCAAAUAUGGGAGACCGAUCUCUGGGAUCUGAGAACCAAAUCUUCCUAUACCCAUAGAAUUUCACAAGAAAUGGGCAGCAACUUCUUAGGAGUUCUCUUUCAAAAAAUUCCCAAAGAACGUUAUCCCGAGCUUCUCAACCGCAACAUUGCCGGGAAGCCAAUGAAAUUUGCAAAGACUAUUCAGCCACUUCUAUAUAAGAUUAUAAAAGAAUUGGAAAAUAGAACUGCAAAUGUUAUCGCUCAAAGCCUUUUGAGCAUAUAUGCAGAUAUUCAAUUCGGGCUUUCAUCCGUGGGAAAGCAUUCUGAAGGAUUGAAAGAAGCGCUUAUUCUUGCCAUUUUAAGAAACAACACUGAGCUCACUGAGUACCUCUUGGCUAUAGUCAAGCCAGACGAUAGACACCUCACAGCUGCGGUUCACGUGGGGAACCUUGCCUUCAUAGACUCUAUCUUAGAUCAUGGCGUUUCUGCUCAUGGAAGGAUGAUGUGUUUCAAGCAUCUCUAUUAUGCGUCCGCUGAUUCUCUCGGGUGGGCUAAAGAAGAAACGGGUGAAGAAGGAAUGGAUAAAAAAUGCCCAGUUGGUCGUGCAAAAGGAGAACGGUGCAAACCAACAACGCCGUUAGCCGAAGCCAUUCGCCUGCAAAACACCGAGCUCAUCCAUCGUCUUGAGAACUGCGGGGCACUCUAUGCAUUGUUAUCUGAGAAAGGACAACUUCACUUCGAAGCGGCAACUCGAGCAUCAAGGAAAGUUGGCAAUUUCUCCUAUCUCCAACAACUUCUUAAUUCGGACCCUCGUCUCACUGCAAAAGGGGGUUUUUAUCUUAUUCAGGAUGCAAUAGUAUCCGGGCACUUUGAGGCUGCCUGGGAUUUGAUAACCCAAUAUCCCAUGGUAGGCCAGUACACGAUGGAGAUAAUAUCUGCAAUCAUACGAAAUCGUGGGAGCUCAGAAUUCCUAGAGCAGGUCAUAGAAUAUUUGGACGGCUCUAAUUUCAUCAUUAGUGACAUGUUAAGGGAAGCUGCACUGGUCGAUGGUAGGCAUAUUAUUGAAUACUUUGUCCGCCUGGAUCCUAGGCUUUUACUCGGCACUGGACCAACAAACUCACCUCUUGAGGCUGCGGUCGAAACGCAUAAUGUCGAACUUGUGAGACUCCUUCUAGAGUGGGGUGCUCGCCCUAAGAGCCUGCAGGCGGCGGUUGCAACAGGAGACGAGGCCAUCGUGCGCCUCUUGCUACGCCACGGGGCAGAUCCAGCGAAUGAAUAUGCACUUGGAGGGGCUGUCCAUAGUAGCAACAAGUCGCUUCUCCCGAUACUUGUUUCGGCAUUUUCAUCAAGGUAUCCGAAUGGGAUAAGAGGCUUUGGUGGGGUGGCUCUAGCUGCGGCCUCGAUCGAAGUCAGGGAUAUCACUGCCCUCGGCUUCCUCCUUCAAGCAAAACUAGACAUUCAUUCUCGGCCUGAGGAUCCCUUCUGGAGGGGAGACGUUCUAAUUAGGGCGAUCGCAAUGGUAUGGGAGAACCAUGCGAUCCUUUAUCCGAUAAUCCGUCAGAUCCUCGAGGCAGGUGCAGACCCGGAAGUAACCGAUCGGGUACCAUUCACAUACGUCAGCCCACUGUUACAGGCCAUCAUAUCGAACAAUAUACCUGUGGUAGAGCUAUUACUGGAAAAAGGAGCCGACAUCAAUCGACCAGCAAAACAUGGUUUGAAACGCACCCCUCUUCAGCAAGCUUGUGAACAUGGCAGCUUUCAGAUGGUGAAAUAUCUGCUAGACCGAGGCGCAGAUGUUGACGCUCCUCCAGCGAUGAAUGGAGGCGCGACUGCCUUACAACUUGCAGCUAUCCAAGGCAAUGUCAGAAUUGUCAGACUUCUUCUAGAAUUAGGAGCCAAGAUCAAUGAGGCGCCUUCUGCUGUCAAUGGACGUACUGCCCUCCAAGGGGCAGCGGAGCAUGGACGAGUCAGCGUACUUGAUUUACUACUUAUAGGAGGCAAGAGCAUUUAUACAUCAACUGAUAUCGAGAGCGCGAGCAAAUAUGCAAAGGAUAACGGGCAUCGAGGGUGUGAGGAUAUGCUCAGGCUUGCUCGCUUUAGGAUUGGUAGGGAGGCUAUUUCUCAAUAA